CUUACAUAGGACACUCAAGCACUGGAUCAAUGCUGUACUUCAAAACAAUCUCCUUCAACAGUUUGGGGGUGUCUAGAGGUUUGCAUCUAAUUGAUACAGUGAGUGCGGAUCAGUUUAUUUCAGCAGAACCAGAGGAGCUGCCGCAUUACCAGAAUGGAUCAGCACUUGUAUGAAGAAAAACAUCCUAGAUCAUCUGUGAAAAAAGAAGAUUCUUCAGAAGCUAAAGUAGAUCCUAGGCUGAAGAACACAGAGUGGUGCACAUGUGGGAACUGUAUUCUUUUGCCCACACUAACUGAAUCCAUAUGUUGUAGAGAAGUAGUGGAAAUUGCCUCCCGUAUCCCAGAUGGUGCAUCGUGUGUCUGUGAUGAUCCAUAUGUGACCAAAAUGUUGAAAGAUCGUAAACAUUUGAUAUUUUUGUAUCAUUUUGUUUUAAGUGAUUUGCCAAAUCCUCCAGAAGUAGCUAGAGAACUAUCUGAAAGCGAAAUCAGGAUGUUGGCCUACAGGGCUUUUUCAUGCUGGGUAUAUGGAAACUUUGGACCAGAAAACUGUGAACCUAUUCCAUCAUGUUUUGUAUCUCUUAUUAGACAGACAUUUCCCUCUCCUGAUCAUAAGUGUAAUGCUCACCAUGAUAAUCCCGCAAGUGAAAUGGGCGCUGUAGAUUUCCUUUAUUGAAUAUUAUAUAUGUUAUGCUUUGACUUAUCCUAUGAUGUUUUUCUUGAAAAUUCUAAAUUGUUAUGUUGUUGAAAUCCUUACCACCAACUGUUAAAGUUUAUUUUCUGACUUUGCAUUUUUUAAAUAAAGUUAAUGUUAAUGAAAAA